AUGGAUCCCGCCGUGCAAGCGGCGGUCGAGGCGAUCCAGUCCGGGCGCCUGCCGUCUGACGAGGACACAAUCGACGUGGCGACGCUGCUGGUGCGCGCCGCCACGGCGCCAGAGACACCGGCCGCCGCGGCGGCAGCCGCAAGGGCGGCCUUCAUCGAGCUGUUUCAUUCCGACGCCCACGCUGCGGCGGCCGUAGCUGCGCUGCUGGAGCCCGCCGCGCGCCAGGCGCUCGUCGCGGCGCUCGAGGGCGGCGGCCACGCCGCGCUCGACGCCGCACAGAUCCUUUUGGGUGUUACAAAUGGGAGCCCCGUCGGCGGUGUGUACACGUUAGACACACGCAACCGCAUCGCAGGCACGGCUGGCAUGAUCGAGUCCAUGGUCAUCGCCCUUGGCCGUUUCACCAGGGCAGUGCUGACGCUCCCUGAGGCCGACUCUGACCGAAAUUUGCAGAGGGCUUUCCGCGGCCUUUGCUACGUGCUCGAAAGGUUCAGACAGUGCGACGGCUGCGCAGCGCGUAUCUUCGCAGCCCCCGGCGGUGUCGGCGCCAUUGUCGCUGCGGGGCGCGCGUGGGGCCCCCAGAGCGGGCUUACAUUCAUAACAAUCAUGCGCCUGUUCCAGGCGUUGAUCAACGUGGGUGCGGACGCAGCCAGGGCGCUGCUGGCGGAGGAGGGCGUGUUGGGUAUGGUUGUGAAGGCGGCGGGCGCAGAGGAUGACCACAUCGUAACCGGCGCGCUCACGACGCUGCGGCUGGUGGCCUCCGCCGACGCCGAGAUUGCGGGCCGCAUCAUCACAGACGCACCCGCCAGGGCCGCGCUGACGUGUGCCGCCGUCACGGGCACCGCGUGCGAGAAGGCCCGCGCCGCGGGCCGCGACGCGCUGCGAGCGAUCGCGCGCGCCGGCCACGCCGCCGCCGUCGCGGUGGCGCUCAGGCCGUGCCUGGCGGCGCCGGCGGACAACGCAGAGCGCGGCCGCGUGCGCAAGGUGCUGAUGACGUUUCUCCCCGCGCCGGCUGUUGAUGUUCUUGAGGCUGUCACCCGCGAGGAGGAGGUCGAGGCGGCGGCCCUGAGGGCCGAGGUGGCCGAGCUGCGGGCGAUCCCGGUCAACAAGCGCGCCGCGAUCAUUGAGCUGGCUGCGGCGGUGAGGGCGACGUCUCGCAGGUAG